AUGGCAGGCAAGUCUUCUCAGAGUGCAGGGUUUGUGGGAGUUCCUGAAGAGUCUCCUCUGCCGUCAUCUGCUGCAUCUCCAGAUUCACAAGAAUAUAUACAAGCCAAGGCUCUUCUUUCUUCAGUGAGGAUUGCAGUGUUACAGAAGAUACAAGAGGAUGUGCGAUCUAAGAUCGAUCGGCAGUUGCAACUUCAAGUCCAACAAAGGGAGGAACAGAAGGCUGCUCGAGAACGAGAACGAGAAGAGAGAAGGCGAGAGAGAAAAGAUGAAGAGUGGGAGGAGAAGCAAGCGGAGAAACAAGCAAAGGCACCCAAGUAUGGAAGUGUAACUGAAAGUGAUUCUAAGUCAAUUGAUGGGUUUGAGGCUGAGGGAGAGAUGGAGACCAUUGAUUUGGAUUCAGAUGCUUAUGGUGGUCAAGAAGAGGACAAUCAUGGAAGAAUGGUGUAUGAUGAGAAGCAUUUAAGGAGCCGGUUUGAGUAUGAAAUUGCCAACCCCAAGAUCUUAUCAAGAACCAUGAAUGAGGGUGAAUCAAAAAGAUUGAAAGUAAGUUUGAAUGUGCUUGAUUCCGAAGAUGAAAAUGAGGAAGAUAGGAAUGAUGCUUCAUCUUCCAGUGGGACUUGUCCUGCAUCAUCUGACAGUGACAGCGAGCACUAUGAAGAGAAAGGAUUGGACACUGAUGAAGAUGAUUGGUUGUAA